GAAGAAGUGCAGUUUGUAUUUUAUUUUUUCAUUAUUUUUUAAGUGCAGCUGCUGGACUUGUUCCACGACAAGACGAUGAGGUGAGUGUCAUUACCGUUUUUGUACGAUACAAUACAAUAUGAAACGGUAUUUAACGUAAGCCUGUUUGUAUGAGGAAAUUGGGUUGAAUGACAAGCGGGUGGCGCUUUCGGCCGCCGUCAGCCCACACAAUGCAGCAGCCUUCAAUUGGCUUGUUAGCAUACCAAGUUAGCUUGCAGCUGGGUGUCCCUUCUCAAAGCUGGACUACGAUUUAUUGUAUUUUCUUAACAAGAAGAAUAGAAACGACGUCACUGUCUUCAUAUCGAGGCUUGAUUUAUGAGAUGAUGACAGUUGCAUCGUUUUUGUGGCUGGUAAAUUUGAUCAAGUUCCUGUUGAUAUCUUUUUGAAUAAGAUUUAUUCCUCAGGUAUAGGCAGUGGUGUUAAAAAACAAAAACGACCGCUAUGUGAAAUGCCAAGUACUCAUUUAUUUUUUUUUAAAUCUGGUAGGAUAAUGCCUAUAGAGGCUGAAUAAAAUUUGUGUCCUCUUCCAUCUUAAUUUUUUUUUUUACGCAGCAGUGCUGCUGGGUGUAAAAAGAUUACUUAUGACGUGUCAAAAAAAGAAAAAGAUUUAAAGCCCAAAUAAGUGUGGUUACGAUGCCAAAAUUCAGAUUUUUGAUACAUUGAAAUUACCUUGAUACUGCCACUGAAAUGAUCCAAUAACAAAAACUGAAAAUGUAAGUAAAAUGCAACUAUAGCUGACAAAAAAACUUAAAGGAUUCUCUUGAUAAAAUUAACAAAAACAUACACUUCGAACAUCCUCUGAACAUAUUUGACCAUUUGAACACAUUACCAGUUAAAACAUUCAUAACCACACAUAAAUGCUGCUGAACAGCCCGUCAAAGAUUUGUUUUAACAAUGUGAUCCUGUAUAAAUAGAAGACAGCGACUAAGUAUAUCAUACACCUCCACCAAGGCUGAAAUAGUGAUGAUAAUAAAUAAAGCAAUACCUAGAGCUUUGUAUUUUGGUUUGGUUGUCCAUAUAUUUGUCAGCUAGCAUCCUGAUUUCGGGAAUUGUCAGUAUAACUAUUGAUUUUAUGGUUCUAUUAAUACUUGAUAAAUCAAAACCAAGUAAGCUCAUAAAUUCAUUUCAGCACCCUAAUUCGGAUCCUCCUCAAAAUAUAAUUCCUUGUCUCCCGUACCACACAUUGCCUUUUUUCUUUCAUCCUGUGAGCCCUUUAGCUUGAAGCAAGUGGCUUUACAGAAAGACUUUCCCAUGUCGGUCUUGCCCCCCCCUGCUGGGCAUUCAGGCAAAAAUAAUUCCAAAUAAUGCUGCGUAUAUCUUGUUUCUCCCUGAAGAGUUGAAAGUCUACCGGAGCGUAGUAUUUAAAUACCGGUAAUAAAAUAUUUUGAUGACGUUUUUGCUGGCCAGAUUCAAUCUUGUCUAUUUUCUGUCUUUGUGCCCAGACUAAAGCAAUAAAAUAUUAGUGCCAGCUGCUGGCGCUUUGUGCACCAUCAAAAAUGAAGCUGGAAGAAUCUUUCUGCUUCUCCCUCUGUUUCAAUUGUUUCAAUUAUUCAUUUGCAUUUGUCACUGUGUGUAAAUACCUACGCGGCACGGUGGAGAAACUGGUGAGUGUGUGAUGUCAUAUUUGUUUGUAUUAAUGUUAUUUCAGAUUGUACACGCACUAAUUAUAUUGAUGAGUCCCCUGUGAAGGUGUUUUAUUUGUGGUGAAUAGUCUAACUACUCAUUACAGUUAUGUUGUUUUUUUUUUCAUGUAACAUGGGUUCAUGGUUGUGUGCGUGCUAAAUGCUAUUGUUGGUUCUUUAUUUUAAGUGCUUUUCUUGACCACCAUUUUGUAAUUACUAAUUUCUCAGGAGGGGAGCUGCAAUUAUUUGCACAUUUUUUGCUUUUUGCAGGGGUCAGGGCCAUGCCGCCAAUUGUGAAGGGGUUAACUGUAUGUAGUCUACCAGAGUCCUGCUGACCUUACGUGGGGUUUGUCCGGCCACCACCCAGCCGUCGAUCGACAUGCAAGGUUUCUACUCCAAGUUGGACUCGUCCCCGCUGUUGGGUGCGGGUCCCGGGGGAGAGGGCGCCCCCGUCCCCCUUAGCCUGGCCGUGGAGACGGAGAAGGCCCAGGCCCUUCUGCAGACAUUCAGCUCCGCCUCCGUGCUGGCAUCGGCGGGGCUCGGCGUGUUCUGCGUGGCGGCGGACCACGCCCUGCAGCUUCCGCUCGUCCAGCAUCACCUGUGGCUGCGCGCCGUGCUGGACAAUGGCACGCACGCUGUGGUGGGGCUGUGGUCUUGGGCCGUGGUCAUCGGGCUCAGGAAGAAGAGCGACAUGUAUGAGGUUUUGCUGGCGGGCCUCCUGGCGUCCAUCAUUGACUUGGACCACUUCUACAUGGCUGGCUCGCUCUCACUCAAGGCUGCCGUCUCCCUCCCUCAGCGUCCUCCCCUCCACUGCUCCUCCCUCAUUCCUGCGGUCUGUCUUUCCCUCCGCUUCCUCAUGUGGCUUGGACGCCUCAAAGACGCCUGGUGCUCGUUGCCUUGGAUGCUGUUCAUUUCCAUGGCGACACACCACGUGCGCGACGCCGUGCGCCACGGCCUGUGGGUGUGUCCAUUCGGGAACACGGCCCCGCUUCCCUACUGGCUUUAUAUCGGCACCACGGCAACGCUUCCUCACCUGUGCUCUGUGCUCAUGUACCUGACUGGAACAAGGGACGUCAUCUCCACCAAACAUGGAGUCGCCAUCGAUGUGUAGACUGGAUGGAUGGCGAAUUGAUGCAAGGUAGAUAACAUGGAACAAAAUCCAAACAAAUGAGUGCCAGCCGAAGGAACUUUUAACUUUCUUACCUUAUUAUACACACAAAUUUGACUUUUGUGUCUUCGCCUUUAGUGGUAUUUAUUUUGUAGUACAUUACUUUAUCACACCUACACUCUCAAAUGGAUUUGAGUUUAUCUAUCCAUCCAUCCAUUUUCUUUACCACUUAUCCUCACGAGGUUCGCAGGGAGUGCUGGAGCCUAUCCAAGCUGUCAAUGGCCAGGUGGCGGGGUACACCCUGAACUGGUCGGCAGCCAAUCGCAGGGCACAUAGAGACAAACAGUCGCACUCACAAUCACACCCAGGGGGAAUUUAGAGUGUCCACUUAAUGUUGCAUGUUUUUGGGAUAUGAGGAUGGAAAAGGGAAUUGUCCGAGGAAAACUCACACAGGCCUGGGGAGAACAUGCAAACUCCACACAGACGCGGCCAGAAUUGAACCCGGGUCCUCAGAACUGUGAGGGUAACGCUUCACCAGCUGAGCCACUGAGUUUAAACACAAAAAUGUCUUAAAAAGUGUUGCCUUCCUUGAGCUUGUAGUUAUAGUGAACAAUUCCUUUUGCAAAAUCCAUGUGCAAAGCCUUUGUGUUUUAAUAGUCAAUAGGAUAAGCUUUAUUUAUGAUAGAUUUUUACAUUUCAUAUUUAAAAUAUUUGUUUGAAACGUGAAACCACUGUAUUUAUUUAUUGUUACAUUGAAGAAUAUCUAACCGAACUAAUGGACUUUAUUUGAAGACUCAGAUAACAUCUAAUUAUUAGUAAUCUUAUCUACAAUUAUUUAAAAGAUAUCUGUAGAGCUACAUUAGUUUGAAUAUGACCAGGUUUGGUCCUAUAUCUGCACGCGUACAGAAAGAUGUCUGUACUGUUUGCCAAAAAUAAAGGCUUGUGUUCUCAUUAAGCCACUAGAUGGCGACAAGGAACUUAGUUGAAUUUUUCCAGGUUUCCUUUUGUUCCCUUCUUUAAAGAGCUCUUCUAAGUUAACAAUCAACGAAGUUGUUGUAAAUGACUUAUGAUGUAGAAGUUUUUAAAUUAAAAUGUGUAUUUCCAUUGUGGACAGGGGUUGCCCAAAAUCAUUUGUAAUUUUGUUUAUUCUCAUUACGGUUUUUAUGCUAUAAACAAUUUUGAAUAUUUUGAUCACACUAUUGUACAUCUGAUAUCAAACUUACUUGCAAUGAGCAGGUUCUGCGGACAGUAGAAUUUUUGUUUCUUGAGCCAAAUCUCUUCACUCUUUUCAGUAAUACACUUGAAGCCCAUUUUGCACAUUAUGAUUUUGUUUCAAUUUGUUUUAACUGUAUCGCGACUUAAUUGUAGUUUUUGUGGUGCAAAACAAUUUAAUGUACCGGGUAGUGCACUAUUUUAAUCUCAAUAAACAUCUUAAACGUGUGCUUUGUUGGUUACAGG